UCACAUGACAAUUUUGAUUUUGACAUUUUCUUGUGCACGAAUCUUUGAAAAAUCUGUGAAAAUUUCUUUUAAAUUAAUUAAAGAAGUUCCAGAAGAAGAUCGUAAUUAAUAAUUAUAUAUUAACGAGAUCUAAGACUCCAGUUGCUAUAUUUAAUUGAAUUGAACUAUUAUGUCGUAUAGAAAUUACAAAUGGUGUUGCGAAGGAAUUUUAAGUUAUUACAUGACUUUUAACAUUAAGUAAGUAGUAAAAAUGCCUUCUCAUUCUCAUGAGGAAGAGGACAAACCUUGCAGAGCGUGUUCGGACUUCAAGAGUUGGGCGAAAAUGCAAAAUAAGACUAAAAUGACGACUGCAAACAAAGCGCCUCCACAACAGAAAGACUGUCCAUUGGACAAGGACGAGCUGGGGCGAUCGACGUGGGGCUUCUUACACUCAAUGGCUUCCUAUUUUCCGGAGAAGCCUACCAACCAGCAGUCUACCGACAUGACAAAGUUCUUCAAUAUUUUUGCACAGUUCUACCCUUGUGAACCUUGUGCAUUGGACUUCCAAGAGGAUAUAAAGAAGCACCCACCAAAGACAAAAUCGAAAGAUGAAUUAGCAAAAUGGCUGUGUGAAAGACAUAACACGGUGAAUGUUAAGCUUGGCAAGCCAGUGUUUGACUGCAGCAAAGUGCACGAGAGGUGGCGAGACGGAUGGAGAGAUGGUUCCUGCGAUUAACGAUACUUAUUUCACAGUAAAAAUAUUGCCAUAAAAAUAUUUGGCUAUAUCUUAUGGCUCACUUGAAUGGUUGGAGCUUGCCUGACUAAUACACUAAUAAGAAUUCCUUCUCUGCUACUUGACCAAUGCUCAAAUGGUCCUUGGAGUUUCAUGGGAGUUUUUAAUGAGUUAUUUUCAACAAUCAGCUGUUUACAGGGUUGUCACAUUGGACUUUUAAAUAAAUUAUUUAAGUUCUCAUUAUUAUCUAACAUCUUGUAAUAGUUAGUAUGAAAAAGGGGCAAAUAAUAAAAAGUUUACUAGGUAAUAUUUUUACUGUGAAUUUUGAUAAGCCUACCAAGUGUUCUGUAAGAUAUACAUAGUAUUAGUGUUUUGUUAUGAAAUGGCACUAUUCAAGUUGUAAUUCUACAAAAGUGAUAAUGUUAAAUAUACAGCAUUUAUCAAUUAGAAGUUUUGUAUGUUGGUUCCUAUUUUUAGUUUCAAUUCUAUUUGUAAGAAAUAUAUUUUACACUUACCUACCUGAUAAAAAUAAUUAUUGAUUAUUUAUUUUGACUAUGUACAUCUGCUAGAUUAUCAUGUUUUGUAAACUGAAUUGGAAAUUCAUGGAACUACUGUUAUUAAUGUAAUAAAGUAAAUAAAGUUUGUUACGGUUUUCAAUAA